GGAGCGUGACGAAGAGAGGGAGAGAAGGAUUUGCAACAGAGAGGAGAGAGAGGGGGCAGUGAUACUCAGUGACAGAGUACCAUAUACACUCACAUGCGCACACACCCUCUCUCUCUUUUUUUUCGCUCUCUCUGUGUACGCGUGUCUGUAAAUCACUCAUUCAGUUUAGUCACUGUUGUGGGGGGAAAUGGUGAGAGGACCUCCAAACCUAUCAUCCAGUCUAUGACCUACGGACACAGGAAGACUGAUUUUUCCACAGAGGACAUUCGUCAGUCAGUCCAUAACUGGACACCAGGGCUGUCUGAGAGUCUGGAGGCAUCAGGCCUGUGGUUGUGUAUGGAUUGCUGCUGCACUAAAACAGAGAGGUGGAUUAACACACAACCCUGACACACGGACAAACUCAGUCUGUUCCCAAAGCGGUGGCCAUGUCGUCUCCCUCUCUUCCCAUGCCCUCCCUCCCCCCCAGUCCACUGGCCAUGGAGUACCUCAAUGACUUUGACCUCCUCAAGUUUGAGGUGAAGCCUGACAGUCCUCCUCUUCCUCCCUCCUGUACGCUCCCCAAGACUGGCCUCCCCCUCGAUCCCUCCAGUUCCCCCGGCCCCUACACCAACCACCCUCCCCAGGACUCCAGCCUCAGCUCCAGCCCAUACAACUCCCUGCCCCCCUCUCCAACGCUGAGCGAUGCCCACCCACCUCCCUCAGCCUCCUCCUCCCUCUCUUCUUCCUCCUCCUCCUCCAUCUCCUUUCCCCUGUCCAUCUCAAACAGCUACACCUCUGGCAUCAGUUCGGGCUCUCAGGGGAAUAUGGAGGGUAGCCCCUCCCAUGGGGGUGCCCAGGGUCCUAACCCUGCUUCUUUGGAAGACCUGAUCUGGCUGGCAGCACUGCAGCAACAGUUUGGAGGGGAGCCGGGGGGGCCUGCAUCCCUGUUGGGGGCAUUGGGAGGAGGGCCAGAGCGGGGAGACAGAGAGAGGGGGCCGGUUGCCAGCUUCCUGGGCUGUGAGGACGCAGUGGAGGCUCUACUGAACUCAGCUGCUGCAGCUGUUAGCUCGCAGUUUCCAGUGCUUUCCCAGAGUUCCAGCAGUAACCUUGGGGAUUCAGGAAGUGACAGUGGAGGUGACAUCUCCUGCUCCAAGGGGACAGAUAUGUGCCACCGUCCACUCCUCUACCUCUCCUCUGGCCCCCAAUCACUCCCUAACGCCAACCCUUCCUCGGCAACCUACCCACAACCCCAGAGCCCCUCUGGCCGACUUCAUCACCAUCACCCACAUCAUCAUCAUCACCACCCUCACCACCCCAUGCAUGGCCAUCAUCUUCACCAUCAUCAUCACCUCCAAUGUGGUGGGGUGGAUGAACGUUUCUCGGACGAGCAGCUAGUGAGCCUGUCAGUGCGGGAGCUGAACAGACACCUGCGGGGCGUCAGUAAGGACGAGGUGGUGCGUCUCAAGCAGAAACGCCGUACGCUAAAGAACCGAGGCUACGCCCAGUCCUGCCGCUACAAACGCUUGCAGCACCGCCACGCACUGGAGUCCGAGAAACACGUCCUCACACAACAGUUGGAACAACUACAGUGUGAGCUCUCUCGGGUGCUGAGAGAAAGGGACGCCUACAAGGCUCGCUAUGAGAAGCUCAUCAGUACAAACAAGGCUCAACCUACCCGCGCCAACAACUCCCCCUCACCACCCCCUGAUUACUUCCUCUGAGGAUAUACCCAUGGUGGAGGACAAAAAAGUGAGAGAUGUGAGCGGUGUGUGAAAGAGGAGGUCAGCCUAAAUAAGGCUGUCACUGAGUAAUCAGACUUGGGGAGGAAGGGAGGGAGGGUUUGGUGUGUGUUUGCGUGUGUGAAGGUUGGCAGAUGGGUAGUGGGGUUAGGACAAGGUCCUAUAUGACUGUCAAAUUAGCCCGCUGAGCAAUCAUGUGGACUGUUAACUAAGGGUUAGAAUCGAUCCCUAUAUUUAUUCAUAAACAGGACUAAUGGUGAAAACUGAUAUCACUGUGACGUUCAUAGUAGCACAAAGACCCAAUGAGACAUUUUCAGGAUGCAUCCUGCGCUGGUGAAAUCAGGGCAUUGAAGGACACAGGUCAUCCUCAGACUGACCAAUGCGCAACCAAGGGCUUGUCUUCAAUAAAAAGCUCCAUUGCAUAAUUCAUCGCCCCUAUCAACUGAUCUAUGCAUAUUUCUUUCAAGCAGAACAAAUGAAAAGAUGAACUUAUGUCCAGACAAUGGAUGGGUUGAAUCCAUUCCCUGACAACACACUGACAACACCCAACACAGUGUGAUGGUGUAGGUCCGCUGGGCUCAUUGGAAACCCAAAAGUCUGAGUAGUGCAGUGGUGCAGGAUGUGUGGGGGUGUAGGAUGAUCUUCAAGUGUCCAUGACAUGCAGUUGUACUCACCAGCUAAUAUUUCACAGUUGCCUACCAAGACGUUUUUACUCACCAAGACAUGUUACUCACUAUCACAUUUGAAAGAAGAAGAAUCAUAGAAAAAGAAUGUACAAGGAUCAUUUUCCUGAGAGUAUUAUUGUGGUUGUGCUAAAUGAAUACGGAGAUACACUCAUGUAUAGAAUUUAUGCAUUUAGAAAAAGCAUGCAAACGAAUCCAUACUUUGCUUGUUGAAAAUAACAAAACUAUGACAAUGAAGAAUAAUUGCGGUGUGCCAUCUGUGAUUGGUGUUUUGUUUCAAGAGGAUGAACGGACAUCCCAAGAGAGCUCUUCUGUCAACUUGUACUGUAGGAACUCCACAAUCAAUCAGCUUUCCCACUAAGACGUAAAGCAAGAGACUGUGGUUGAUGUAGUUGUUGUGGUCAAUUUGGUCUGUACAAAGAAAAUCCAUCAAAAAGGCAGAGUGCAAAAUGAUAUGUGUGACUGUGUACUGUCGUCCAACUUUAAUAUUACAAUCUAGGGUGAGCUGAAAACACUUUUGUAAGAGAGCGACGAACAUAAUGCGACAAGCACCACAGAGCUGGACACUGUGGAUUCUCAAAGACUGGGGUGAAAUGCAAGAAAAUGCAGACAUUCAGAGACAUCUCGUGAAAUUUGACCAGGAUGGCGACAUUAGAGCUGUUUGUUUUGGCUAGGUGUAGGUUAAUUAAGUGAUUUCUCUGUUUUAUUUAUUCACUUAUUUAUUCACAGUAUUUAUUCAUUGUUUAUUUAUGUACCAAUUCUUACUAUUUUAAUUUGACUGGUUUACAAUUUCAUCUACAAGCUUAGUGUGUACUUUUAUUUCCAAGCAGGAUAAAUCAAUACUCUUUUUUUGAUUAUUUUCAACAGUUGGAUUACAAUCAUUAUUGCCAUCAUGGCUUAUGCUCCUGUUGUAGUGUGGUUUCCUAUGAAAUAAAGACAAUAUUUUUACCAUC